GAGGAGAGAAAAGUCCAAAGAUCAGAGAGGAGAGUUAUGAGAGGAGAGAGGAGCCGGCCGGGAGAGGAGUGAGAUCCGGCCACUGGGACAGUGACAUGUGCCGGGGGAGAGGAGGGGAGCGCCCAGCCCGAUUUUGAAGGACACUAAAGCUGUGAAGACUUGAAUGGGAUAAACAUGAAGAGUUUAAAGGCAAAAUUCCGAAAAAGCGAUACUAACGAAUGGAACAAAUACGAUGAACGUCUUCUACAAGCCGUGGAUCAUGGGGAAACGGACAAAGUGUCUGCUCUUCUGGGGAAGAAAGGUGUGGUGGCCACCAAGUUGGACAACGAAGGAAAAACCGCCUUCCACCUCGCUGCUACCAAAGGGAAUGCAGACUGCCUCAAGGUUAUGUUGACGCACGGGGCGGAUGUCUCCGCUCAGGAUCUAUCAGGUCACACCGCUCUACACUUGUCUGUGAAACAUAACCACAUAGAGUGCGUCAAACGGCUUCUCCAGUCUAGAUGUCCGACAGAAUGCACAGACGGCGGCGGGAGGACGUGUGUUCAUUAUGCAGCUGCCAAUGGCAACCUCCCGAUGCUGCAACUCUUGUGCGAAAACAAAUGCCUUCUGAACGUCAAAGAUUCGGAUGGGAACCCUCCUCUUCUUAUCUCAGUGCAGUACGGCCACCUAGAAGCCUGUAAGUGUUUCUUGGAUCAUAAAGCUGAUGUGAACAUCACAGACAAGAAUGGGAAGUCUCCUUUGAUGUUGGCGUGUGAAGCCGGACAGAUCAAUAUGGCGGAUCUUUUGGUGCAAAGGGGAGCGAGCCUGACAUUAACAGAUGCCUUGGGCAAUGAUGUCAUUCAUUACGCCAGAAUGUCGGGAAAUCCUCACAUCCUUACUCUUCUCCUCUCCAAAAUGAGUCACGAUGCGGGACUGAGAAGCCCAACCAAGCCAUUGCAGCAUGAUCAAGUGAAUAGAUUAAGCUCAGAAAGAAGUGGAACUCCCAAAAAACGCAAAGCUCCGCCGCCUCCUCCUAUCAGCCCGUUACAGCUCAGUGACAUGUCCUCUCCAGUAUCCUCAACAUCAACUCCGCUCUCAGCCAAAGGAGAAGUCUUCUUCACAGAAAAGGGCAGCAAGGAUGAAAAUGUGCUUUACAGGAGAGAAUUCCGAGACAGACUGAGCGACAGCACAGGGGAAGACAGUCUUCUUGAUGUGAGCUCAGAGGUGGAACAGCAAGAUAGUCUUUCACUACUGCAAUCAAAAGUGGCUUCUCUGACAUUGCUAAACAAAGAACUGCAAGACAAGUUACAGGAAAAAGCCAAUGCGGAAGCUAUAACAGAUAUUAGUUGCGAUUCGUUUCAUUCCACCCAAGCAGAGUUAUCUGUUGCCAAAGAUAAAGAAGCAGCCGAUAUUUACGACAACUCGGACAUUUCCUUUGAAUCCCAACCAGAAGUGACAAAAUAUGAACUAAAAGUCAAGCAGCUUGAACAAACGAUAGAAGAAAUGCAGAUAAAACUCGAGGAAUCGGAAACCAUAAGGAAGGACCUGGAAACGCAUAUCCAGACAAUAUCUGCAGGCUGCCGCACGUCGUUCGGUACAGAAACUUCCGAAGCGCCUUCUGAUACAGACCUUCAGCCUCAGGGAUCACUCAACGAAGGAAACGACGACGCAGCACUAAAGCCAAAUCUUCAAAGGAUGUCAAGGGUUGACCAAGAGUUUGAUGAAGAAGGCAUUGGAAAAUCAAACGAGGACAACGCCAUGGUUCUGGAAGAGUUUGAAGUGCUAAAGAGAGAGUAUCAGGACGUUCUGGCUGAAAGUGAAAGGAAAGAAAAUGAGAUGAACGACUUACGACACCAAAUAGAUGUUGUAACUCAAAGCAUUGUCAAUUCGGUGCCCAUAGAAAGACAAGAGGAGAUGGAGAAGUCUUACUGCGCAGUCAUAGACAAGUUAAACGUAGAGAAUGCUGAACUUAACAAUAAGCAGGAAGAGCUUCUAGAAGAAGUAAAAAAAUUAAGGAAAGAGUUGGACUGUCACAAGGAGUCUGUUACUUUGGCCAAUGGGCAUGAAGAGGAAGAUCGGUCUACUAUGAUCGAUGAGUUGACCAAACAAGUGAGUGAGUUGACUUUGCUGUACAGUGAAGCCCAAACGGAACUAGAAAAGACAAGGCAAGCUUCCAAUCAUAUCUCAUCUGACUUCAUUCAUAAAGAUGAGCAUUUGAAGCACUUGCAGGAGGUUGAAGAAAGCAAAGAGAAAGUAGAGAAUGACCUGGUCGAUCUAGCAUCUCAGCAUGCCAGAAUAUUGGAGGAAAUGUGUGAGCUUAAGCAACAGUUGGACAAGGAAAAGGAAGACGCACCAGAUUUGGAGCACGAGAGGGUUAUUGAGGACUUUAAGAAGCAGAUGGAAGACAUGAAGGUGGAGAAGAAUGGACUGAUGGAGCAACUUGCUUCUCAGGAGAGCAGAAUGAAGGGCUUGGAAGGGGAAUUGCAGCAAGAGAAGGUCUCUGUCCAGGAGUCGGCUGUAACUAAAAGGCUAUUGGCAGAAAGGCAAGUUUCUUUAGAAGAUGAAAUAAGCACGUUGUCUUCGCAAGUAAGUGAUUUAUUGAAGGAAAAAGACAAGUUUUCUGUAGACAAUGGACAGGCUCAAAGGGACAUUACCAAGUUAAGGGAGAAAAAAGAAGUGCUGGAAGGCCAACUUAAAUUAAAAGAACAGGAAAUUGAUGAACUCUGUAUGAAAUAUGAAAGGCUUCAGGAAGAUCUGGUGGAAAUGAAGAAGCGGUCUGAAAAUACUUCAAAAGUAGACGAAGACAAAGAUAAAAAGAUUAAUGAGCUGACAAAGGAGGUGAGCAAACUGAAAGACGCACUGAACAGCCUAUCACAGCUGUCCUUUACCACAAGCACUCCUAAGCGACAGACCCAGCAACUGGAAUUGCUACAGCAGCAGGUCAAACAACUGCAGAACCAGUUGGUGGAGACCAAGAAACAACACCAAGAGAUUGUGUCCGUUUACAGAAUGCACUUGCUGUAUGCAGUUCAGGGCCAAAUGGAUGAAGACGUACAGAAAGUGCUAAAACAGAUCCUGACCAUGUGUAAGAGCCAGUCUCAGAAGAUGUGACAUCCGGGGACAAGCACUCGCUACAACACUGCCUCCUAGUAUUAUCUAUGCUGGAUACCAGACGAACCAGUUCUUCUGUAUCAGAAAAUGAUGUAUUUUAUAUUUUUUGAUAAAGAACCAUCGUUUCCAAUCAACAUUUUUCGGGGGACCGUUAGCAAGCUUAUGUAGUAGUCGACCAGGAACUCCUUCAAGUAGAGAAUGCAACGAAAUGCUGCUUUGUCUUGGAUUCAUAAUCUUGUUUUGUAGCAGAUUGAUGGAUUGUGGGAACAUUGAUGUAGAUUGCUGGCCUUAUAACCUGUGACCUCUGGUAACCAGUCUAGCUCCAUUGGUUAUACGCAUUUUCAUUCCCCUUCUUCCUCUUGAAAGUUGUUGAUUUUGACAUUGAAUGAAGUGCCUUCCUGGGUGUUCCAUGACAUUUCCAUACUGGUUGGGAGAUACCUUCCAACUUUAAAACGUGGAAGCUGCCAUUGCUAACUUGUGAAGGACCAUCCUCUGGGCUUCCAUUCUCAUCUUUGCUCUAUUGCUUAUAACAUCAAUGACUGGAAGGGGCCUGAUGGUUAGGAGUUGUCUGCUUGCUUUGGGUCAGUGGGCAAUUAGAAAGUAAGCAUGAGAGUGACAGCCCCUGAGUUCACCCCCUUUAAACCUAAGUUGGCAUUGCCAGCUUCCAUAUUUCUAUUUUGAUAGGCUGCAGGUCCUGUACGUUUCCACUGUCUCCCAUGACACCUUAAAGUGAUACUAUAGAU